AUGCAAGAAGGGAAGCUUGAUGUGAGGGAGAUGAAUUGCGUGCUGGGGCUGAUGAAGCUGAUGAGGGAUGGCGAGGAUGAGCAGCAGAUGGGGGAGGUAAGGACAAGAAAGACGGUAUUCCAGAUGGCUGCAUUGAAGGAGGUGUUUAAGAUUACUGCGCAUCCAUCAAAGAUGACGAAGAUGGAUCUUGCAUUGAUGAUCAAGCUCCCAUUGAAAGCAGUACAGAUAUGGUUUCAGAAUGAAAGAAGUAGGAAGGAGAACCUGGAAAGAAGUAAGAUGCAAGCGAUAUCUAAAGCAAAAUCUGAAAGCAUAGAUCCAACAAGACUCUUUGAUGUGAUAAUGAUGGCGGUGCGUAAUAACAGGGAGGCAUUGGAAAACAUUCAAAGAGGAUACUGA